AUGCCGCCACCAGAUUCAACCUAUGUUCCUUUCGCCAGCAGGGAGCCGGGGACACCUCGCCGGCCCUGGACGCCGUCCACAAGGUCGCCUGAAUAUGCGAGACCCCCUGCGUCCACCGCCUCAUACGAGCCCUCGGACAUCAACGGCAGCCCCAGGCCGGGGACUCCGUCGUCCCGUUAUGGCGGCAGCCCACGGCGGCCUCUGCCACCCGCACCCCUCUUCUCAAACUCGGCGCGACACUCGGACGCUUUUGCCGACGACGCGACCGUGUCCAUUCCUCUCGACGGCGGCGAUGAUGUUUUCGGCCCGGGGUCGGACCUGAGCGAUUCUCGUCCCCUUCCAAUGGACCGCGACUCCUUCAUGUCCGCCUCCCAAGAGACACUGAGCGAGGAACCCGAUGCGUACGAAAAAUUCGAGCACUACGGCCCUGCGCCAGAUGGCGCGCAAGAGCGACGAGGCGUCCGAGCGCCUCAAAUGUCCAAGAAGGAGGUGCAGCUCAUCAACGGCGAGCUGGUCCUCGAGUGCAAGAUUCCCACCAUUCUCUACAGUUUCUUGCCCCGGCGAAGCGAAAUCGAGUUCACUCAUAUGAGGUACACGGCUGUCACCUGCGACCCUGACGACUUCGUUGAGAGAGGCUAUAAACUGCGCCAAAGCAUUGGCCGGACGACCAGAGAGACCGAGCUGUUCAUCUGCAUCACCAUGUACAACGAGGAUGAGUUCGACUUUACUCGCACCAUGCAUGCCGUUAUGAAGAACAUUGCCCACUUCUGCUCACGGUCUCGCUCACGUACGUGGGGUGAGAAUGGCUGGCAGAAGAUUGUUGUCUGCAUUAUCUCGGACGGCCGCGAAAAGAUCCACCCUCGCACGCUUGAUGCCCUUGCCGCUAUGGGCGUCUAUCAGCAUGGCAUCGCCAAGAACUACGUCAAUAACCGCGCUGUGCAGGCGCACGUGUACGAAUACACGACCCAGGUCUCCCUUGACUCGGAUCUCAAAUUCAAGGGGGCUGAGAAGGGCAUUGUCCCUUGCCAGAUGAUUUUCUGCCUCAAGGAGAAGAAUCAACGCAAGCUCAACUCGCAUCGGUGGUUUUUCAAUGCUUUCGGUAAGGCUCUCAAUCCCAAUGUCUGCAUUCUGCUGGACGUCGGGACGCGCCCCGGCGGCAAUUCGCUCUACCACCUGUGGAAGUCCUUCGAUACCGACUCCAACGUCGCCGGCGCUUGCGGAGAAAUCAAGGCAAUGAAGGGCAGGCUGGGAUCAAACUUGCUCAACCCCCUCGUGGCAUCCCAAAACUUCGAGUACAAGAUGUCCAACAUCCUAGACAAGCCACUGGAAUCUGUCUUUGGGUACAUUACCGUGUUGCCUGGUGCCCUCAGCGCGUACCGUUAUCAUGCUUUACAAAACGACGAGACGGGACACGGCCCGUUGAGCCAGUAUUUCAAGGGCGAAACCCUCCAUGGUCAGCACGCUGAUGUCUUCACUGCCAACAUGUAUCUUGCUGAAGAUCGCAUUCUAUGUUGGGAGCUGGUGGCUAAGCGAGGUGAGCGUUGGGUGCUCAAAUAUGUCAAGGGUUGUACUGGCGAGACGGACGUGCCUGAUUCCGUGCCCGAGUUCAUCUCGCAGCGUCGACGAUGGCUCAACGGCGCCUUUUUCGCUGCCGUCUAUUCCAUUGUCAAUGCUCGCCAGAUUCUCACGACGGAUCACACCAUUGCUCGCAAGGUUCUCCUCUUCGUCGAGUUCAUAUACCAGACCAUCCAGCUCUUGUUCACGUACUUCUCGCUCGCCAACUUCUAUCUCACCUUUUACUUCGUUGCCGGCGGCUUGACGGAUCCUCAGGUGGACCCCUUUGGCCACAACAUUGGAACCGUCUUCUUCACCAUCCUGCGAUAUACCUGUGUGCUGCUCAUCUCGACCCAGUUCAUCUUGUCCCUCGGCAAUCGACCACAGGGUGCACGGAAGCUGUACCUGGCGAGUAUGAUCAUUUAUAGCGUCAUCAUGGCCUACACCAUCUUUGCGGCUAUAUACAUUGUCACUCGACAGCUCAUAGCCAAGCGAGAUCAUGGCGAAGACCUGGUCAUUGGCAACAAUGUCUUCACGAACCUCAUCGUGUCCAUGGCAUCGACUGUGGGCUUGUACUUCCUCAUGUCCUUCCUGUAUCUGGACCCGUGGCACAUGGCAACGUCGUCACUGCAGUACUUCCUGCUGCUUCCCAGCUACAUCUGCACUUUGCAGGUUUACGCCUUCUGCAAUACACAUGACGUCACCUGGGGAACCAAGGGCGACAACGUCAUGAAGACGGAUCUCGGCGGCGCCGUCGGCAAAGGCCAAACGGUUGAACUGGAAAUGCCCAGCGAGCAGCUCGACAUUGACAGCGGCUACGACGAGGCGCUGCGAAAUCUGCGAGACCGCCUGGCCGUCCCCAGCCCGGGCAUCAGCGAGGCCCAGAUGCAAGAGGAUUACUACAAGAGUGUACGGACGUACAUGGUUGUGACGUGGAUGAUCGCCAACGGAAUUCUUGCCAUGGCCGUGUCCGAGAUUUACAGCAAUAAAGGCAUCGGCGACAACUUCUACCUGCGAUUUAUCCUGUGGAGCGUCGCUUCUCUCGCCGUAUUCCGCGCCCUUGGCUCGACCACCUUUGCCAUCAUCAAUGUUGUCAACAUCAUCGUGGAGGGCAGGAUACGCAUGAGAAUCAAGAUGCCGCAGUGGAUGGGUGGUGUGGGCAGUAAGCUGAGCGAGACGGUCAGCAGCGUGGGAAGCAGUCUCAAAAGCUGA